AUGGCUGUACGCGUCUUUGAGGGUAGAGAUCAUGCAGCCGCUUACCUGCAGUACAGAGUGGCUCCUAAUGAAUUGAUCAACAGGAUUAUGAGCUACAUGGAGAAAACGACACCGAACCAGGUCAAUCUUGCUGUGGAUGUGGGCUGCGGUUCAGGCCAAGGGACGAUCCUUUUGGCUCCGUACUUCACCAAGGUUGUUGGAACGGACGUCAGCCCGGCUCAGCUGGAGAUGGCUCUGACCAAUAAAAAAAAACCUCCAAAUGUAUCAUACAGGGAGUGUCCGGCAGAGAAGCUACCGUUUGCUUGUGGUGAGGUGGACCUUGUGACGGCCAUGACGGCGGCUCACUGGUUCGACCAUGAGAAGUUCCUCCUGGAAUCUGACCGGGUGCUGAGGCCUGGAGGCUGCCUGGCUCUGCUGAGCUACACCAUGGAGAUGGAGCUGGAGUAUGGGGACGUCUCCAACGGGACACUCAACGACAUCUGUAAUGAGUUUUACGCUGCCCUGCUUCCCUACCGAAAUCCCUAUAUUGGAAAAAGCUCUGCGAAGAUCUACUCAGACAUGUUUGACUCCUGCUCGUACCCAGACAAAGAGUGGAAUGAGUGUCUGAGGGUAAAGAGGAUCUUGCCACUGAGAGGAUACAUCGGCAUGGUGGAGACCUUUUCCAACUACCAGAAAUUGCUACAAAAGGAUCCAGCUGAGGCUGAACGUCUUUCUAAUGACACAAGGAACAAGUUGAUGUCUGCCAUGAAGGUGUCCUCUCCUGACACAGAAGUCACGGUGGUUGUGAAGUAUUUCUAUUGGCUGGCCCGCAAACCACUCUGACCGGCUGAAUCCUGUACACGCAGAUCCAGACCCCCGGGUUGGAAACCACAUCUGUAGGUUUCCCAAAGUGUCAUCAAAAGUGACUCAAUUCUGUUAAUUGCUCGAAAAAUAAAAAUCGGAUGCUCGUCCUUUGUUCGUUUUUAUAUGAAGAUAUUUAAUUUUUAAAUAUGAUAAUAUAGUGAACCUGCUGUUCAAUCAACACCAGGCUUAUGAAUAUUGACAUAUAUAAAGACAGUACCUUCCAGAGUGAACACUAGAUGGAGCCCUGUCACACAAUGAUGGAUAAGUGUCUAACUUUAGGUUUCAGCAAUGAUCCCAGAUAUGAAUGACAUGGUGUCAUAGCUCUGUAUAUACAGUAACAAAUCUGAAGUAUACGGUUCAUCCAGAAUGUUCAUGAUUAGGAUCGUGAUAUUGCACAAAAUGUCCCAUAAAUCAGAGAGUUGUCGUGGUUGUAGUCUACGGAGGGAGAGUAAUCCAGAGAGAAAAAGAGAGUGUGUGUGACCAGCACAUCGUGGAGAGGGUGAGAGUCACUUCCCAUGAUGCUCCGCAGCUCCCUCCUCCUCCUCCUCCUCUCUGACACCACCACCAAAGACCAUAUCUCCACCAUCAGGACGGAGCCAGCCUUCCCGAUGAGCUUGUUGACUCUACUGACGUUUGACUGCCUCGUCCUGUUUUAUAGAGCACAGAUGCAGCUGGUUCUCCUUCAGUACAAAGUGAUUUGUCUCCGUUACACAAUAAAAGUACAUUUACUGCACUCCUUUCCUCUCUUCCUUCACCGCUCUUCCGAAUGAUCUAUUCAAGCCGUCGGUGUCUCCCUGAGUGUCCUCCUCUCUACUUAU